UGUAUGCUAAUUUAGGACAGGUGGUGAAAAAUACAGUAUACAGUUGAAACUGCAUGGAGAAUUUAAGCACACAGAAUGGAAUUACCUAAAUUGAAAUUUGUCUUCCUGUUGCCUUUCCACUGCAAUGGAUUUCUGUCCCUGAGUCAUGGCAGACAGAAGACCAGAGAAGUCAUGUGAACAAGCAUGUGAAUCACUUAAACAGCAGGAUUAUGAAGUGGCUGUGAAGCACUGCACGGAGGCACUCCUUUCCCUCAGCCAGUACCCCCCAGCUCACUUCCCGGAGGCAUGCCAGGCUGAAAUCGACCGCAUAAAAAUUGAGAGUCUUCUCUAUAGAAUUGCUUCUUUUUUACAACUUAAAAACUAUGGACAAGCAGAUGAAGACUGUAGGCAUGUGCUGGGAGAGGGACUGGCCAAGGGAGAUGGCUCUUUCCGUGCAGUGCUUUGCUGCAUGCAUCUUAAAGGGAAGCUGCAGAUUGUAUCUAAUGUUCUUUCCAAAUCACUGAUGGGCGAAUCAUUGAACGGGAUGGUAACUAAAGAUUUGACAAGACUAAAAAUGCUUCUUGCUGAAACAGAGGCAGCAGCUAGCAAAAUACCCUCAGGAUACCAUGGGGAGGAUUUGGAAGAUGGAUCUCAGGAUGGUUGGCAAUUCCGCCCCCCACCCAGGGGUGUCACAAGUAGUGAGGAGUACACGUUGUGUAAGAGAUUUUUAGAGCAAGGGAUCUGCAGGUAUGGUGCACAGUGUACUUCAGCACAUUCCCAGGAAGAGCUAACAGAAUGGCAAAAACGAUACGCUUCUCGGUUGAUAAGAUUAAAACAACAGAAGGAAAACAAACAGUGUUCGGGUAGUUAUAUGGAAACCUUGAUUGAGAAAUGGAUGAAUUCGUUAUCUCCUGAGAAAGUGCUUAGUGAAUGUGUAGAAGGAGUGAGAGUAGAGCAUAAUCCUGAACUAUCGGUUACUGUCACCACCAAAAAGUCUCAUCAAACGUGGACAUUUGCUCUCACUUGUAAGCCUGCAAGAAUGCUGUAUCGAGUGGCAUUGCUUUAUGAUGCCCAUCGUCCUCAUUUCAAUAUCGUUGCAAUAUCUGCUGGAGACAGCACUACCCAGGUAUCACAAGAAGUCCCUGAAAACUGUCAGGAAUGGAUAGGAGGAAAGAUGGCCCAAAAUGGAAUAGAUCAUUACAUUUAUAAAGUCAGUAUAGCCUUUAACACGGAAAUCUUUGGAACAUUUCGCCAAACCGUAGUGUUCGAUUUUGGGUUGGAACCAGUACUCAUGCAACGAGUAAUGAUUGAUGCUGCUUCAACAGAAGAUCUUGAAUACCUGAUGCAUGCACGGCAACAGUUACUAACUACAGCUAAGCGUUGGGAUUCUACUUCUAAGACUAUUGUAGAUUUUGAGCCUAAUGAAACUACUGAAUUGGAGAAGAGCCUUCUUAUCAGAUACCAAAUUCCUCUAUCUGCUGACCAGCUGUUUACACAGUCUGUCCUGGACAAAUCAUUGACCAAGACCAACUAUCAGUCACGGUUGCACGACCUCCUUUAUAUUGAGGAAAUAGCGCAGUAUAAGGAAGUCAGCAAGUUCAACAUAAAAGUGCAAUUGCAGAUUGUAGCAAGCUUCAUGCUCACUGGUGUUUCCGGAGGUGCAAAGUAUGCCCAAAACGGACAACUUUUUGGCCGCUUUAAGCUCACUGAAACGCUUUCUGAGGACACUUUGGCUGGACGGCUGGUGAUGACCAAAGUCAAUGCUGUUUAUUUAUUGCCAGUCACUAAAGAGAAGUCAGUACAGACCCAAGGAACCAAAGAGAAGGUUUAUGAAGCAGCUAUUGAAGAGAAAACAAAGGAUUAUAUCUUCUUGAGAGUAUCCAGGGAAUGCUGUGAAGAACUUAAUCUUCGAGCCGAUUGUGAAAUGCAGGUUGAACUUCAGUUUCAGUUAAAUCGCUUACCCCUCUGUGAAAUGCAUUAUGCCUUGGACAGGAUCAAGGACAACAGUAUUUUGUUUCCAGAUGUCCGCAUGACUCCCACCAUACCCUGGAGCCCCAACAGACAAUGGGAUGAGCAGUUGGACCCUCGACUAAAUGCAAAGCAGAAAGAGGCUGUUCUGGCUAUCACAACUCCACUUUCGAUACAACUGCCUCCUGUUCUUAUCAUCGGUCCCUAUGGGACAGGCAAAACGUUCACUCUGGCUCAGGCAGUCAAGCACAUACUCCAACAGCAGGAUACUAGCAGGAUUCUCAUUUGCACCCAUUCUAAUAGUGCUGCUGAUCUCUACAUAAAGGAUUAUUUACAUCCAUAUGUAGAAGCAGGCAAUCCCCAGGCGAGACCUCUCAGGUAUUCUUUAAGGUUUAUUAUGUCUCUGUAA